AUGAGCGGUAUUCUGGCAGCCACUGGGGAGGCACAGCAGAUCGCACCUGCUUCUGUCCAGGUUCGAAUCGUAGAAGCUGGAACAGCCGCGAGCAGCUCUUCUCGCAGUAAAGUGCUACUCCCCGUCGACACCAUCCGCUCAAUGGAGCUUCAGACUGGGGAUGCAGUGCUUGUCAUCGCUAACGACUCGAGUAACGAUGCCACGUCCAUCGUAGGCACCGUUUGGCCGUCCUUUGCUUUGGAAGCUGCGACCAUCCGCCUGCCAAUCGCUGCUCAGCUGCCCACUGGUCUUCAGCCAGGCCAAAUCGUCUCGGUCCUUGCUCUCCACACUACGCAGACAAGAGGCACUCUCAGAAAGCCUCCUACUGCUGCCAACAUUACUUUGACUGUAUCCUCAGAGCAGUCCACCAAUAUUUCGACCUCACUAGCAAAACUUGGCAAGUCUGACCGCCAAAUGCUGACCGUCCAUGCAAAAGAGUGUCUUGCCGACCUCGAAUGCAUUCGUCUCGGUCAGCAACUCUCCGUGGCGUUCCAGGGAAGUCUGUAUCACUUCUGCGUCUCCGUCAUCGUCGACGUGAAUGGACAACAAGGCUGGACCGUCUCGACUUCGACGCGCAGCACGACACAGGUGUGCUUGGUAAGCCGCACAACCGAGGUCUCCCUCAGGUCUUCUCCUUCCGAUGCCGACUCGAAAAAGGCGAGAGAAUCAGCCGCCGCAGAAAAGGCGCUGAACGGGACCAAAGAAGACCCGUACUCGAAACUCGGCGGACUGGAUCGACAGAUCGCCGAGAUCAGGACCUUAAUUGAGAUGCCGCUUAUGUCCCCCGAGAUCUUUGUCCAGUACGGCCUCAAACCACCCAAGGGUGUCCUCCUUUACGGCCCGCCAGGAACAGGAAAGACAUCGCUCGCACGAGCAGUUGCCGCGGCCACUGGGUCGUCCUUUCUCACCAUCAACGGGCCCGAGCUCUCCUCCGCUUUCCAUGGCGAGACCGAGUCCAAGCUCCGCAACAUCUUUCGAGAGGCGAGGCGCAAGAGUCCUUGCAUUAUUAUCAUCGACGAGAUCGAUGCUUUGGCGCCAAGGAGAGAAGGAGGCUCCGGCCAAGGUGCCAACACGGAUGGCGCGGGCGAGGUCGAACGUAGGGUCGUUGCACAGUUGCUGACGCUUCUUGAUGGUAUGGAGGAAGCUGACGAUGACGAUGAUGACGACCUACAGGCGGAAGAGGCAGACGAUGGCAAUAAGAUAGACGAAAAGCACAGCAUUACGGCCGAGCGGUCAAGGUCUGUCAAGGCGCCUGCUCGCGUCGUUGUUCUUGCUGCCACGAACCGACCCAAUGCCAUCGACCCCGCUCUUCGUCGCCCCGGUCGUCUGGACCGCGAGAUCGAGAUCGGCAUUCCCACCGCCGCCGCUCGAGGCGACAUCAUCCGCACCCUCAUCCGAUCUGUUCCACACGAUCUUACACAACAGCACAUUGACGAGCUUGCCAGCCGCACACAUGGCUACGUCGGAGCCGAUCUCUCCGCUCUCAUCCGUGAGGCUGGUAUGCGAGCGGUUCGUCGUACGUUUGCUCGCCGUCGCUCAGGAUCGGAUGAGCUCGAGGCCAAGAUUGAAUCCAUGUCGCUCGAGACGACCUCAAAUCCCAGCAAAGCAAUCGACACGACGCUCGACAAAGUCACCGCCGCCGACUUGCAUGCGGCCCUCUCGCUCGUUCGACCUUCUGCCAUGCGCGAGAUCUUCCUCGAGCCACCCAAAGUGUUCUGGUCCGACAUUGCCGGCUCUUCAACACCAUCUGCUGGUGGAUCAGGAGCCUUGUCGACCAAGUCGGUCCAGUCUCAGGUGCGUGAACUGGUCGAAUGGCCGAUCAAGCAUGCUGCAGUCUUUGCACGACUCGGCGUUUCACCACCGCGCGGCGUGCUCCUCUACGGUCCACCGGGCUGUUCCAAGACCCUUAUUGCGCGCGCCCUCGCCACCGAGUCAGGCUUAAAUUUCCUCGCAGUCAAAGGUCCCGAGCUGUACUCCAAGUACGUGGGCGAAUCGGAACGUGCCAUCCGCGACACUUUCAAGAAAGCACGAGCCGCAGCCCCCAGCAUCGUCUUUUUCGACGAGAUCGACGCGCUCUCCUCGAGUCGCGAUGGCGAUUCUUCCAGCGGUGACGCGCUCAACAGCCGCAUCAUCGCUACCCUGCUCAACGAGAUGGACGGCAUCGAAGCCAUGUCCGACGUCAUUGUCAUUGGCGCCACCAACCGGCCACAGUCGUUGGAUCCUGCGCUGCUGCGACCGGGACGACUCGACAGACUUGUCUACGUGGGUCCUCCCGAUCAAGAGGCUCGGAAGCAGAUCUUGCGCACACGCAUGGCAAAGAUGGCCGUCAGCGCCGGCGCCGUUGACUUGGACAAGCUUGCACAGCUGACAGAGGGGUGCUCGGGUGCCGAGGUGGUUUCGAUCUGCCAAGAGGCAGGGUUGCUGGCGAUGGACGAGGAUAUCAACUGUCAAGCGAUCGAGCACCGCCAUUUCGAGAGCGCGGCUCUGUCUGUCAAGCGGCGCAUCACUUCGCUCAUGAUUCGACAGUACGAGAGCUGGCGCGAUACACUUGUAGUCUAA